AUGAGUGUUAAACCGCCCGAUUGGUCAACCGAUAUUAGUAAGAAAGGAGAGUUCGUCCGUACACCGUCUAAGUUCCGAAACCAAGUGACAGCUGAUGGUUCCAGCGGAUUUUUAGCCGAAGCUGAUCGAUAUCACCUGUACGUUUCGCUCGCGUGCCCUUGGGCACACCGCACUCUCAUUACACGAAAGCUUAAAGGCCUAGAGAACGCCAUAUCUUACACUGUUGUGGAUUGGUUUCUUGGCACUGAAGGAUGGACAUUUACAGACAGCAAGCCCAAAUGUUCACUGGAUACAGUCAAUGGAUGCCGAACCCUAAGAGAAGUUUACAACCUUUCCAACCCUGAGUAUUCGGGAAAAGUUACUGUGCCCGUGUUGUGGGACAAGAAGAAGAAAACUCUCGUAAACAAUGAAUCUAGUGAGAUCAUCCGCAUGUUUACUAAAGAAUUUAACGCGUUCUGUGCCACUGAAGAGCAGAAAAAAUUAGAUCUUUAUCCAGAUCAUUUGAGUGAGAAGAUUGAAGAGCUCAACGGAUGGAUAUAUCCGUAAGUACGAUUACGUAACAAAGACCACGAAGAUGACCCCGAGGAAUGGACCAUUAGACAAGUGAUGGGGGUUGGGUCAGUGGGGUUGGGCUAAAUUUAUCAGGACAUUUGUCAAGUAAAAAAAACACAUGUUCAGUCAUUGUUGAAAAAAGAAUGUUACCAAAAGAAAAAAAAAAAGGAUUUCCUCGUCAGGUGUGCAAAACAAAAUUCUGGAACCCCCAAAUAACCUCACCCCCUCCCCUGGCUUGCCAGGAUAGUCCUGACAAAAUAUUCACUGAAAUCUCUUGCUAAAUCUUGUUGAAAAAUCCAGGUUUUGUUGUAGUUAGGCCUAUAGUUGUCAGUAGAAGAAGUAUUGUAAGUGAAACUUUGUUGUUGUUGUUGUUGUUGUUGUUGUUUUUACAUCUGCAGAAAUAUCAACAAUGGUGUUUACCGUGCAGGAUUUGCCACAUCACAGGAAGCAUAUGAUGUUGCAGUGAGAGAUGUAUUCAAUGCCCUUGAUAAGGUGAAAAAAAUAUAUACUUCGUAAAUGGAAAGCCUACAUUGUGAACAGUCUCUAACAGUCUCUAAAUCCUUGGUUUUCAGUUCAUAUAAUCUGAAACAGCUUGCAGCAGUCUUUGACACAGUUGGAAGCUGUUUGCUUUGAAUACAUACACUCAACAGACAAAUAAUGCUCCCAUUUAGUUUAUCCUGGAAUAGGGUAUGGGAAUCAGAUGAUUACGGUGUAUAAUAGACUAUCAUUUAUGGACAGUCAGUCAAUAUUAUGAAGACUGGAGUUUCUAGUUUACAUAAAGUGCUACAUUUGUAGUUUGGGAUAGGAACAGGAGUUUUGGUGCAUGGUGGUUGGUAUUGAACAUGGUCUGGUACAGGUCAAUGGUCCCACUAUCCCAGUGGCACACCCCUACCCCCAAAUUCCUAGUCUUCCCCCACCCCACUGCAGUCACCGGUAGCAAUGUUUCCUGUCACAUUUAUAAACUAUUAUGUGCCAAAGCUGUUAUACAGAGGAGGCUCUCCCAACGAACACUCUCAUAAGCCAACAGCUCUUGUUAAGGCUAACUUCACAAAACCCUCUUUUUCUCGACUCCCAUACAAACGCUUUAUUUUUUCAUUCCUGUAAGUGGCCAGCUCCAGUUACAAACACCUUUUUUGCAUCCCAAGGGUGUCUGCUUACAAGAGCUUCCACUGUACUUUCCUUGAAGAUUAUUGUAUCCUUUCUUUUCGCCACUCUUACAAAGUCUUGAGAUUGUAUUGGAGUAUUAAAUACAAAAUUAAACCCCAAUUGAAGUCACUUUUACAUGAAUCUGCUGGCUUUAUUUUUAGCAUCAAAUAAGAAACACAUUACUGGUGGUAUUCUUCCUAUUCACUUCCUAUUUGUGUAAUCAUUGAUUGAUUUUUAAUUUCAUUGUUCUUUCUGUAGGUAGAAGAUAUUCUGAGUAAAUCUCGUUAUCUUACUGGUAACACCAUCACAGAGGCUGAUGUUCGUCUCUUCACCACACUUGUCAGAUUUGAUAUGGUUUAUGUUGGGCACUUCAAGGUACGAAUCUCACAAUGUUUUUUAGAUUAAAACAUUUGCUCUUCAAGCAUUUGUAAUUAAGAUGUUUUUUGGACACCGUCCAGCCAAAAUGAAGCAAAGCUACCUCACAACGUAAACUUUGUUGCAAGGUGAGCCAAUCUAUGCUGGCUUUUUUGUGCUUAUGCCUAAUUAUUAAACUUUCGUAUUACACUUUAUUAUAUGGCAAUAAUAGUGGCUAUUAACUAGUGAUGGCUUUUAACAUCAUCACGUGGCUUUUUAACUGUUUGUCUCAUUGAUUUUACUCAAUAGUGUAAUAAGAAGCGUAUCAUUGAUUAUCCCAACAUCUGGGGAUAUCUUCGAGAUCUAUAUCAAACAAGUGGAAUUGGAGAAACUGUGGAUGCUGAACACAUUCAAAAACAUUAUCAGGUGAGGUGCUUGACAAUUGAAUCAGAGUUUUGAUCUACUGUCCUGAGUUGUUGGUACUCUGCAUAAUACUUACAACUUUUCCUUCCAAUGAAAAUAACUCAAAUUAACAAGGAAGUCAUAAGAAUGAACCACUAGAAAUAUGUGUAUCCCAGAACCUCGCAAAGCUCAGGGGUCAGUGGCCCAUGAAAUGUUAGGGCGGGAGAGAUCAUUUCACAUACUCUGUAAAAUACUUUAAGACUAUGUUACCCACAAUAGGUGAGCUAUUCUAGGUGGGCAGCGAUACAAUAAUUGUCUCCUAUAAAGUCACCAACAAAAAUAAGUAAAGGGAAAGCAAAAAUAAAAUGAAAUAAAUAAAUAAAAAUAGAAGGUAGCACCAACUGGAAAUAAUAAUAGUAAAUGGUAAAACUAUAACAAGUAUGAUACUACAUAAAACUAUAGAUAUGAGGGCCACAGAGUCAUCAGUGUCUUAGGACUACUGUUAAGUGUUUUACCCUCUUUAAAUAAAGCCUAUUAUUAUUAUUAUUUGAUAUAAGGAAGGAAAACACUUUAACUGAAUAAGGAGUUUGGGUAGGAACUGGUGAUGGCACUCAUAUCAACAUACAAGAAGUCAAGACAAGUAUCAACAUACUUUUUAAGAUCUGUGUUUAAGGUGCUACUGUAAAUACCUGUGUAUACCUGUCACUAAUAUUUUACCUAUCACAUGUACACUGCAACUCAACAGUAACAGGCCAUUGUAGUGCACCCUUGUCUGAGUUGGAGAGAAGCCUGGUAACAAGGUUGACAGUAGUAGUUUUGGGAAAGUGGGAAGCGAAGUUUCUUCAGUCAGUUUUCUGUAGUCCAUGAGUUUUUUUUAGCAUAGCCACAUAGCACAUCUUCGUAUACUAUUUUAAAAUUUAUAAAUUGGUUAUUUCUUUGUUUUCUAGCAAAGUCACGUGAAGAUUAACCCAUAUGGCAUUGUAGCUAUUGGCCCAGAUUUGGACUUCAACCAGCCACAUGGUCGAAACUGAUGUCCCAGCAGCACUUUACAAUGCCUACAUCUAUUUGUAAAGUUAAUUGCAUAUCUCACAAACAGCUUCUCAGAGGCAAUAACAAUGUACACUAGUUGAUUC